CGGAUUAAUCCCAUCAUCUACGAAGAGGUCGUUAAUGCUAUACGAAUCGAGCUUCCAGAGUCCGUUGAAUGGACUGAGGUUCCCGUUGUGCAUAAACUGAUGCGCAUUGUUGCAAUGGCUUCUGGUCGUGCUUUUGUUGGACCUGAGCUCUGUCGAAACAAAGACUAUGUUAACAUCUCAGUCAGCUAUACUGUUGAUCUUAUGAUGGCGAUACAAGCAGUCUCUAGCAUUCAGCCACAUAUGCGACCUUUUCUAGCGGCAGGUAGGCCCGAGGUUAAAAGAGUACAACAGCGUGUUGCUGAGGCAGAUAUGUUUCUGAGACAAAUUGUUGAAGCAAGGCGGGAGGCUGCUAAAACCCCUAACUAUCAGAAGCCAGAUGAUAUGCUACAGUGGAUGAUAGAAUCUCAGAAGAAGUUUGGCCAGAAGGAGGACAGAGAGCUUGCAAGAUGUCAAUUGGCUAUAAUUGUUGCUGCUAUUCACACAACGACAGUUACAAUAACCAACGCGUAA